CGAGAAGAGGGUGGUUGCCGUAGCGGAGUCCUCUGGCUGUGUGUGUGUCUGUGUCUGUGUCUGAGGAGCCGCCGCCGGAGCCGCGGACGGUUUGCUGAGCCCGUUACUGCCCCUGGCCAAGACUCGCGCCGCCGUCAUGUCCCGCUACCUGCGCCCCCCCAAUACGUCUCUGUUCGUCAGGAACGUGGCCGACGACACCAGGUCUGAAGAUUUACGGCGUGAAUUUGGUCGUUAUGGUCCUAUAGUCGAUGUGUAUGUUCCACUUGAUUUCUACACUCGACGGCCAAGAGGAUUUGCUUAUGUUCAAUUUGAGGAUGUUCGUGAUGCUGAAGAUGCUUUACAUAAUUUGGACAGAAAAUGGAUUUGUGGACGUCAAAUCGAAAUACAGUUUGCACAGGGAGAUCGAAAGACACCAAAUCAAAUGAAAGCCAAGGAAGGGAGGAAUGUGUACAGUUCUUCGCGCUAUGAUGAUUAUGACAGAUACAGACGUUCUAGAAGCCGAAGUUAUGAAAGGAGGAGGUCAAGAAGUCGGUCUUUUGAUUACAACUAUAGAAGAUCUUAUAGUCCUAGAAACAGUAGACCGACUGGAAGACCACGGCGUAGCAGAAGCCAUUCCGACAAUGAUAGAUUCAAACACCGAAAUCGAUCUUUUUCAAGAUCUAAAUCCAAUUCAAGAUCACGGUCCAAGUCCCAGCCCAAGAAAGAAAUGAAGGCUAAAUCACGUUCUAGGUCUGCAUCUCACACCAAAACUAGAGGCACUUCUAAAACAGAUUCCAAAACACAUUAUAAGUCUGGCUCAAGAUAUGAAAAGGAAUCAAGGAAAAAAGAACCACCUAGAUCCAAAUCUCAGUCAAGAUCACAGUCUAGGUCUAGGUCAAAAUCUAGAUCAAGGUCUUGGACUAGUCCUAAGUCCAGUGGCCACUGAUAGUAUAAACCAUGAUAAUUUUUAGGCAUGUAUCAUUCAUUUACUCAUAGUUUGGUAUACUUAAAUUAUCAGGAAUACAAUGUUGCAAUGAUGCGUAAAAAACACUUGUUAGUUUUCCCUGUACCAGGCAAUGGUUAUAAUUAAAAAUGAUAUGCUGUUGAGAAGCCACUCUUAAGAGUCCAGUUUGUUUAAUGUUAUGGGCAGCUACCAAUUUGUGGUGUCUCUGUAUAUUUUUGUAAAGAUUCUCAUUUUUUUAUGCUUGAAGUAUUUGGUGGAAAGAUGUUGGUUGACCAUAAUUUGCAACAUUGUCUUAUUAAAAAUAAACUUUCAUAUCCAUAUUUGGUAGAAACUGUUAACCUAGAAAUGUAGCUUGCUAAUAAGAUGGAAUGAUACAAAAUUGAAGUUGUAGCCACAGUACAACACUGACUGCUCAGACACAUUUAGGUUCAGGGUGGACCUUUAUGUCUUGUCAAGAUGUCUAGGCCCGUGAUAAUAGUUUAUUUAUGAUACAGUGUGGAAUAGUUCUUUUGUUAACCCCACUGUCUUGGGGAAUGAUGCCAACUUGGUUAAGUAACAUUUUCAGGGAGAUUAAGUUUUUGACUGAAACAUGGAGCCUUCACUGCUUUUUUUUUUUUUUUUCCUUUCUGGUUUCUAUGAAGGUUUGGAACAUGAAAACAUCAGAAAAGCUCCCCUUAAAAUUUGAGCAGGUCAAUGAUGACAAAUAAUUUUUAAGGGGAAAAGAAUGUUCUUAAUAUAGUUACUCUAAAAUUUAAGAGGCAUUGUUGCUUAGUUUUCUUACUGCUGUUAGAUGCAAGUAAAUUGUUUCAAAGUAGGGGUGUGUGUGUGUGUGUAUGUGCGUGUAUAGCAUAAAAGAAUGAAUUUUGAUGCUUAGAGCCCUCGUCUUGUGCAUUUGUAUCAGAUUUAGCUUACCUCUUUAUGAGGGAGGCUUGCUCUUCACACCUCUGUUUGUUUAAUGUGAGGCACAUUGAAAGAGAACACUCCCAUUCUAGGCAGAUGAUUCUGAGGUGCCAUGAAAUUAAAAAUAAUUUUGGAAAAAGGGUUAGUUUUAAGCAAGAGCCACCUCUUGAAUUUUGAUUAUCAAUGUCAUACGUGACUAAAAAUGGAGAAGUAAUAUCAUUAACUAUUUAUAAUUUCUAGUAUUUCUCUGAAUGAUCAUUUGGAGGGAAUUAAAAGUGACUUGAAAUGUCCAGUCUCAUUUCAGAGUAAAAAGCUAGCAUCUUUUAAAAUCUCAGAUUGCUUGCUUGCUUGCAGAAAGAAGUAAGAAGUAUUGUGGGGAAACAAUUCCUUUAGAGGAUUAUUUUCUUCAACUUUGGUUUUAGAAAUCUAGGCCUAGCCUGUAAAGAACAAAAGAGAUGGUUUUUAAAUACUGUUUGUGGAAUGUGUUUAAAGGAUUGAUUCUACAACCUUUGUAUAUUUGAUAGUAUUUCUAACUUUCAUUUCUUUACUGUUUGCAGUUAAUGUUCAUGUUCUGCUAUGCAAUCAUUUAUAUGCACGUUUCUUUAAUUUUUUUAGAUUUUCCUGGAUGUAUAGUUUAAACAACAAAAAGUCUAUUUAAAACUGUAGCAGUAGUUUGCAGUUCUAGCAAAGAGGAAAGUUGUGGGGUUAAACUUUGUAUUUUCUUUCUUAUAGAAGCUUCUAAAAAGGUAUUUUUAUAUGUUCUUUUUAACAAAUAUUGUGUACAACCUUUAAAAACAUCAAUGUUUGGAUCAAAACAAGACCCAGCUUAUUUUCUGCUUGCUGUAAAUUAAGCAAACAUGCUAUAAUAAAAACAAAAUGAAGGAAAUAAUGAUUAACUGGAAUUAUUAUAGUAUUGGAUAUGAUUCUAAAAUAAUGAAAACAGUCCUUUGUAGAUUUAGGAAUAUUUUUAUUCAGUGUUGCACUAGGCAUAACUUACUUUGGAAAUGAUAGGACUUAUCAGAAGUCUACAUCUUUUACAUAGUAUUUAAGACCUCCUUGUGUAUGUCAUUCAUGAUUGCUCAUUAAGCCUCUUAACCUAAGAGGUUAUUUGAUAAUGUUAAGAUACAUAUUAAAAUUAAAUUUGGGCCUGCUAGUUUUAAAUUUAUACUUUCAUUGAUGGCUGGAUCAAUAAUUCUGUCCCCCCUUCCUAAACAAGAUACAUUGGGCCUUAUGUUUAUGACAUGAUUUUAAAUUCUUUUUCAUUGAAUGUUGGUGAGCAUUUUUUAUUAAGUAUUUACCACGUGCCAGACACUGUUCAAGGGGCUGUGUGUUGAUUCAUUCACUCUCCACAAAACCCUAUGAGAAGAAAAAUGCUUUUAUUUUCUCUCUGUCACAGAUAAGGAAACUGAGGCACAAAGAAAAGGCAGUAAAGGACUAGUCAGGAUUAGAUUUAAACAGACUAUAAUUUGAGAGAAGUUGGUUAGAGCCUAUGAAAUUUUUCAGUCUGUUUAGAAUUAGAAGGCCUAAUGUUUUAAUUUCCUUUGUUAAUUUAUUUUUAGACUCAACACCAUUUUCUUGAGAAGCUUUUAUAUUAUUUAUUAAAUAGCUUACCUAACAGCUUCACAAGGAUUAUACUGCAUUUGAACUCACGAUAGUUAGGAUCUUAACUGAUAUGUAGUGAGGAUCUUUUCAUACCAGUGAACUAAUUUUGGGUCACAUCAUUGAUGGGUUUCACAGUUAUUGAGAAUCUUCUGUGUCUGGCACUGGGCUUAAUAUUGAAUAGUCAUAUCAACACACAAGUGAGGGCUAACAUUUCACCUCUUUUUACCUGAGACCCCUCUGCAUUUUUUUUAAGCAAAGUAAGCAAGAAGAAGAGAUAGUGCUACAUAGAGUAUGAGCUCUUAAGUUACAACCUAGGGGAGAGACCUGGGAACUACUGUACUAUUCUCUUGAAAAUUUGACCCAGUAAGCUGCUACAUCCAGUUCAACUAACAAAAUCCUGUAUACCACAGAGAAGAAUAAAGAAAACCAAACUGACAAACAUCCUUCUUUUAUUUAAGACCAAACUGCAGCUGGAAUACCCAGUACAGUUCUGCUUACUACACUUCAAGAAAGAUCUGAAAGCGGAAAAAGAACCAAAGAAGGGCAGUUCAAGCGACCAAAGGGUGGGUGGAAGGUGCUGCAGUAUGAAUACUGUACGAAUAUUUUGACUCUGGUCUGAAAAGAUAAAAGAAUUAUCGAAAACUACAUGGAAUAAUUGAAGUCCCUUCGAGUUUGAAAGUAAGCAUUUUAGGACAAAUAAAAGGAAAUUCAACUUUGUACUUGUGGAAACUAAUCCCUAAAUAUGAACAGGUUUAUAUUGAUUCAUGGGUAACAGGUCCAUAAUAAAUUACUGGAAACUAGGAUGUCUGAAUAUCAAGGAAGACAGCCAUAGUCUCUUACAGUGCCUCUAUUGGUCUGUCUCAAACUGAAUUGGGUGGGAAAAGGUAUGGUCCAAUAUAAACUUUUUCUUGGUUAUCUCUUAAAAGUCAGUUCCAUUUAUGCCAUUAUUGGCACGUCUUGCCUUUGUUUAUUCUGGUGCCAGUGUUUUCUGCUUGUUUGCUUUGUUGCCAUCUGAGUUUAUUUACUUGUACCACAUGCAGUUUACAUCUUCUUUAACCACUCUCUUUCCCAGGUAAAUUCCAAUUAUACUUGACAUCCAACUGAGAGGGCCCAUCUCUUCUCACCUCUUUCAUAGUCAGUAUGUUCAGCAAAUAUUUAUUGAGCCCUUAUCAUGGGCAAAGCAUUGUACUGGAUAAUUGGAAAGAAUGGAUAAUAAUUCCUUUAUUCAAUAAAUGUCUACUGAGCACAAUCUAGUGAAUUGUUAUAAUAUGGCCUUGUUGUUUUGAGGUGUAUUAUAACAAUAUUUUACACCAUUCAUAUCCUAAUAUAAUUAUAAAACCCAGUAUACUAUCAAAGAUAAGUAAUUUUCUGGUUUUCUGCCUUUUACAAGUAUCUAUUUGUUUGCAUCCCAUUAGUACAAAUAAUGAAAAAUGUUUUAACUUGUAAUAAACUGAUUUAUUGUGUAGUGACUGUAAUAUACUACUUUACUAAAUUGUUAACUCUGCCUCAAUCACACACAUAAGGAAGUAAUCCCAAAAAUAAAUAUUUAAUUUUGCAUUAGCUAUAAAGGAGAUCCUGGGUGCUAUAAUUAGAUUAUUUGGAGGCAGACAGCUGGUACCCCAGCUGAUUUAGUAUGUUCUGUAAUUGAAAAAAUGUUCACCAAAUUAUACUUCUUAGUCAUUUACGUGUACAUCUUACAGGGGACAUGUUCUGUGUGUAGUGAAUAAAUACCUUUUGUAGUGUCACAAAAUGUUUUGGAUUCCUUAGUUCCUUAUUAGGAUAUAAAGUUUAUCAUAUUGAUUCCCUCACAUUUAAUUUUCAUCUUGAAAUCUGGAAAUGGAAUUUAAGCCUUUAAAUUUAAAAGAAUUUUGAAAAUAUGGUAGAAUAUACAAGCCUGAAAGGAGGUCUAAAAUUGAGGUAUUUUUAUCCCUAUAAAAAUUUUGUUUUAACUUGCCCAGGCACUUAAGUUUCAGGUUAGAGUCCAUAAAUUCUGACUUGAUUGAUUUUUGUUGGAAAAUGUUCUUAAAGCAGCUUUAUUUUCAAGGAGAUAAAAAGUGAUAAUGGAAUGUAGAGUUUGCUUCAAGUAAAGAUUACAGAUUUGAGUUCUUAUACCCUUACAUAAUUUUAUCAUUAGUGUUGAACAUUGAAUUGGUAAUUCUUAAGGGUAGAGGUCCUGUGUGAUCUUUCAAAACAGUAUCUGUAGUUCCUGCGUGUUUUGUCCUCUACCUCCCUCUCCAUUUCCUUUUGAAUUGAUGGGUUCCAGGGAGUAGAAUUAAGUUGCAUAUUUGGUUGAGAUUUUCCUUUAUAAAAAAAAAAAUUAGUGGCCACAUAACCUCUCUUAUUUUACUAGUCUUUGGUUUUGUUAAGUCCAUGUGGUUUGGGCUCCUGUUGAAUUACAGUGCAUUGUUAUAUGUGAUUGUUCCCAUAUAAUAUUAAAAACUUAUAAAUAUCAUCAAGCACCUAAUUUGCCAAACCAUAUGCUUUUCAUAUACUGCUGCUUAAUCCCAAAAACAUACCUGGAAAAUGAAUACUAUUCCCAUUUUGCAGGUGAGAAAAAGUUGUCAAUUUACAGAACACCUUCCAUGUGAUAUAAUUUUGCAUACCCUGCUUCAUUUCUCAAUUUUGUAAUAUAAUGGUAACUUUUAUAAAUUAGAUUGCUAUAUCUGACAGGCUCUGUGGGUCAGACUCAUCAUAGCCUGACUUUCCAAGUUCCAGUCUCAAAACAGAUUUUUUCAUUGUAUUUUAUUUUUCCAUGUUACUGUUUACGAAGUCCCAGGAUUAUAUUUUGAAAUGGGAACGCUGUGACUUGAGCAAUAGUUUGGAAUUAAUGACAUCCUACUAAGAGGACCUUUGGGGCUUUUAGGAAUCCCAGGUGUGAACAAUACUCAUUUUUUAAAUAGUGAUGACUUAAUAGGUGAAGUAAGCAACCUGUUUAUCUUCAGCUGUUGACAUCUGUAAGACAUUCUGCUAGUCCUGGAAAAGGUGCCUUCUGGGGUCUUUUCCUCUACCCGUUCUUCCAACAGUGUUGGUUAUCUUUAUGAUGUUCUGUGUAUUUGUAAAGCAGUUUCACCCUUGUGUUAAAAGAUGGAGUUUUUUUUUUUCUUUUGGAAUAAAAAGUAAGGCAUGUAAAUUCAUUUCAUUGAUAACAGUAGUUUGUAAAGAAGUAAAAGGCCUUUGUAUCUAGUUUUUGCAGAUCACAUUUCUUUGAAUGCUGGAGAGUGAAAUAAUAAACUGGUCUAGGAGCCAACAAA